AUGCACGGGUGUGCCCAACUUGUUGUGGUCCCAGAAACAUUACGCGACAUCACCGAUUCCCCGUCAAUUGCCAACAAUGCUAUAGCUCGACCGGACCCAUCUGUAUUGGCUUACGUUCUUUACACCAGUGGAUCGACGGGGGUGCCAAAAGGUGUAGCUGUGGAUCACCAGGCUCUACGCAGUUCUGUGAAGCAACAUCGCUGCAUUUACCAUCUACAAGACACCAGCCGUUUAUUACAGCUUGCGCCGUACACAUUUGAUGUCUCGGUGGUAGAUAUCUUUGCCACUUUAUCCGCUGGUGCCACUCUCGUUAUCGGCCGCCAGGACUUUCUCCUCUCCCGUUUGCAACAGGCUGUCGCCGACUGGCAGGUCACACACAUUGCUACGACUCCGACAGUGGCGUCUCUGCUAUCCCCAUCGUUAUCACCGUCCAUCCAGGUCCUAGCGCUCGGUGGUGAGCCCAUGACCGAGCCAGUCCGCGAUACCUGGGCAAGGGAGACCAAUCUCCUGAACGUUUAUGGUCCCACCGAGACGACCGUUAACGUGAUCAGCCGUCAGAUGAACCCAGAUACCGCUGUCUCCUGUAUUGGCCGGCCAUUGCCCAAUGUUCUUGUUUAUAUCCUGGAUGACGAGUAUCGUCGUCUCGCUCCUGGUAUGACUGGCCAACUGGCCAUUGGAGGAGUGCAGGUUGCUCGUGGUUAUUUACGUCCGCAGAGUGCAAAGCCGGCCUUUAUCACACAUGGGCAGCUCGGGCGGCUUUACCUGACUGGCGAUCUGGCCAAAUUCAGCGUCACGGGAGAGAUCAUCUUUCUGGGCCGACUCGAUACGCAAGUGAAACUACGGGGACAACGAAUCGAGAUUGGCGAGAUCGAAGCCGUUCUCAGCAAGGAAAACCAGGCCUUGGUGAAUGCUACCUUCCUUCGUAAGGAUCAGCAUGGUGACACUUUGGUGACUGCCUUUGUCCCCGUGACCAAGGGAGAUGAGCACAAGGACCGCAUUGCUGGACGACUCUCCCUUCUUGGUCAGGAUGGAAAAUAUGAAUAUCGUGAUGCCAUAUUGAGCAUGCAUGCGGCCGUCCAAUCCAAGCUUCCUCCGUACUCCUGUCCGACGUAUUGGCUGCCAGUGCAUACGUUUCCCUGGACCCAGAGCAACAAGCUCGACAGGAAAGCGCUCGGUCAGUGGAUUCAAGAGCUCGACUUUUCGCUCCUUCAAUCGUGGAACAUUGCGCACCUGAGAAACCCCAGUCAGAGAAUGGAUUCUACAUCACACCAUGAGCAUGGAGAUCUGUUGACCAGUACCGAGGCGAUUGUGGCGAGAGCCUUUACCAAAGUGCUUCAGAUACCAAACAUUGGCCGGUCCAGCGACUUCUUCAUCAAAGGUGACUCUAUUUCAGCCGUCAGAGUAUGCACUGCCAUCCGUCAGUCCGGUUAUGAGAUCCGCGUCAGCGACAUCUACAAGCAUUCGGUAGUAGCAGAUUUGGCUACCUUCCUCGACGCACCAAAAAAGUCACGCUCUCGGCGGCGCAACAAGCCAAAAUUAUCCCUGUCGUCGCAGACGACCAUACAGACGACCCCAGUAAUCGACUGGUUUCUGCGGGCCCGGAAGAACAACAUUCACUGGUUCAAUCAAUCACAUGUCAUUCGGUCGAAGGGGCCGUCGUGGACUUUGGAUCAUCUGGUGCGAGCAUGGACUCGUCUCGUGAUUAUCCAUCCCAGCCUUCGUAUCCGAUACACGCCAGAUAAGAGUAGAGAGAAUUGUCUUAGUCUGGCGGAUCCCACAUCCAACGACAUUCGGACAGUUUCCAAGCAGGCAACGAGUCUUGCCGAUGUUUCUAAGUUGGCAGACGAGUUGCAGGGUCAAUUGAAUAUCUGUCACGGGCCCAUUACUGCCAUCGGUGAGUACCAUGUGCAGGCAGACAAGUACUAUGUGAUCGCGGUACAUCACAUGGCAAUUGAUGUCGUGUCUUGGAGCAUUGUCUUUGAUGAACUAGAGCAACUGCUACAGGGCCAGGAUAUCGCGCCGGAACCAGUCAGCUUUCAACAGUGGUCCGACGAGCUGAGAGGUCGACGGGAUUCAUUACCUGCGAGUACCCAUGAACUGCCAUCUGAUGCGAACAAACACCUCUUGGGCUAUACGGAAAACAACUGUGUGGAAAACACCAUCGGUAACAGCCAAUAUGUGCAUCUGAAGGAACACGGAUUGGUUGAUCACAUUAUGCAACUUUCCAACCAUCUCGACCACGUCGGCCCCGUGGAUGUCCUUCUGAGUGCGCUGUUGAUUGCCUUUUGCCAUUGGAAAGGCGCAGCACCCGUAGAAAUCAGCUUCGAAUCACACGGACGCGAUCUCACCAGUGACCAGACCGAUUGGUCCCGUACGCUUGGAUGGUUUACCUACAUCAUCCCCAUGCAAUUCGACAUUGAUCCCUCCCAACCGCCUGUGGACAUCAUCAGAAUCGUACGGGAAACUCGAGCCCGUUGUCUGGACCAGGCGGAUUUUGCUCGGCCUUUCCCCUCGUCCCUCUCGAAUACACGGAUGAUUGCUUUCAAUUAUCUCGGCGCUUCAUCGCGAGGCAGCACUUCCCAAACCUUUGAGCAUGUGAGCCUGUCUUCAGGCUCGGUCGAAGACCCGAAAAACGCACGCCUCUCGGCCUUGGACGUUGAAUGCUCUAUUACGGAUGGCGUGCUGGAUCUAGGAAUCAUCUUCAGCAAGGCUGUGUUCGAUACAGCAUCCAUGGAACAGCUUCUGGAACUAUGGACACAGGCUUUGCAGCAACUGAUUUCCCGGAACCCCGGUCCAAGCAUGAAUACGCUGCAGUCACCUUUGACGACCCCAGUUGCUGGUUUAACACGCAAUGAGUCGUUGCAACUCACAAAGGACAGUCUUCGGCCACACAACGUCGACUUCUCGACCGUAGCCGACAUCAUCCCUGCGACUGACACACAAGCAGCCAUGCUGCUAGCAGGUCUGCAAUCGAACGCAUAUAUGAACUACUGCGAGUACGAAGUGGAAGAGGCCUCGGGAAACUUCGCACUGUCGAAGAUGAUAGAGGCGUGGACGAAUGUGCUCUCCCAGCACUCCAUCUUCCGCACUGUCUUUGUCCCUGGAUCGCACCCGCAAUCUCGAUACAACAAUGGUGUGCUGCAAGUCGUUUUGCACGCAGACCAACUCGGUCCAGUCAUUUCACAAAGACCACACAAGUCUGUCAAACUGGACUACGGCGUUCUACCAUGGGCUUUAUCAAUCUACCAAAGUACCGAAUCCAAGAAAUACGUGAUCCAAUGGACAUGCCACCAUGCUCUGAUCGAUGGCUGGUCUACUGGCGUCUUGCUCCGCCAGGUUCGACAGUUCUACGAGACUAGAAGGGUUGAAGUACCGACUGCGCAGUUUGCAGAUAUCUCUCGUCAUUUCGCCAACACGGAUAUCAGUGAUAGUAUCAGGUUCUUGCGCAAUCAGCUGGAGGGGGUCACUCCCACCCUGCUCACAUGCAUGACCAGCGAGAAUAAUGCCGGUCGCAACACCCUCGGUCUGCGAGCUUUGGAAAAACGGUUGAGCGUCAAUUGGGACGAUCUGCGCAAGGUAGCCGCCGGAUAUUGUGCUCCGAUCAGCGUCUUCUUUCGCGCAGCAUGGUCUCUCGUUCUCUCUCGGUACACAACCCGAGACGACGUGGUUUUUGGUUGCGUGAUACACUAUCGGGGUUUGGACUAUCGGGGGAUCCAGGAAAUAAUAGGCCCAUGUAUCAACGCAAUUCCAUUCAGAGUCCAGAUUGACUGGGCAGAGAGUCUCCAAGAUUUCCUUGAACGUGUCGCUGAGGAAGCUGCGGAUAUCUUCGAGCACGAUAGUCUUUCUUUGCAUCGCAUUCAGAAGGCUGCCGGUGUUACCAAUCUGUUCAAUACUACCUUGUUGGUACAGGAUUAUCCUCGGGACACCAGAUCAUCGUCUUCCCCAUACAAGCUGCACCGCCGAACACUCCAGGAACCCACUGACGUUGCCUUCCAACUCAUGGUUGAGCCAACCUCCAUCGGGACGGUUCGUGUAGGUGUUGACACCACGUUGGAGCAAUUGCCCAACGACUUCCUGGACCGGAUAUUGACGAGCUUUGCACGGUCGCUGGAGUAUCUCGCGGCGGCUGAUCAGUGGUCUGGCACUUCUCUGAAGGAGCUCGAUCUCUUGGGCCCAGAGCACUUGCUGGCCAUCGACCGCUUCGGCUCGGGAGAUAAGUAUGCAUUCGAUGAAUUGACUAUCUGGGAGCAUCUUGAAUCUCAAAUGCGCAAAACCCCCGACAACACCGCUAUCGAAUUCUGGAGUCCAGACUCGCUUCACGAUUCGAUUUCAUACCACCAGCUGAGGCAAAGGGCAGAAGACGGAGCCCACAAUCUGGCCGCUGCUGGUGUGAACCGUGGCAGCCUGGUUGCUGUGUACAUGGACCGUUCAAUUAAUGCCAUUGUCACUCUUUUCGCCAUCUUUCGACUAGAUUGUUACUACGUACCAAUUGAUCUGGGGUCGCCGCCAGACAGGAUCAACAUGCUCCUUGACGAGGCCCAGCCUCGCGCAGUGGUUUGCGUAGCCGAUGACUCUCAUCUCUUCGAGAACGCCCCCCUAGUAGUUCAUCUCCACCACCUUCAGCGUCGGGUCGAUGGUGGACAACUCGAGCUUCCCAAGGUACAGGCCAGCUUGGAUGAUCCCGCGACGAUUCUCUUCACCAGCGGUUCGACCGGUCAACCGAAGGGUGUUUCCAUGCCUCAUCGUCAGGUUGCGGGAUAUGCAAUGACUAUGAUCGAGGCAUACGCAUAUACCGAGACAGAACGCAUUUUCAACUUUGCGCGGUUCGUGUUCGACGUCUCCCUCAGCGACAUUUACGGUGCUCUUUUCUGUGGUGCGACCCUCUGUAUUGCUCGACAGUUGGAUGUGUUCAGUUUUCUCCCUUCUAUACUUGAUCAUGCCCAGAUUACGGCUUUGAACGUUACCCCCUCCGUAGCUUCCUUACUCGAUGUGGAGGGUCUGUCCAGUUUGAGACAUCUCGUUAUCACCGGGGAAAUGGCCCGGUCUUCUCUCGUUGAGCAAUGGGCAGGGCGCUGUCGUCUUGUCAACUCCUAUGGUCCUACCGAGGCCGCUGUGAUUACUUGGACCGUGGCCGAGGCAGACAUGGAUGCACGUUGCAUCGGAUCUGCUGUGCGUGGGAUGAGUAUUUACAUCCUGGAUGAUCAUAUGCAACACGUUCCACUUGGGGCACAGGGCACGAUCUGGUGUACUGGUCGCCAACUAUCGCUUGGCUAUUUGGGCCGGCCGGAAGCCACAGCUAAAGCAUUCCAACGUAACCCGUUCGGAGCUGGCGUUCUCUAUAAAACAGGCGAUCUUGGGGCCUACGAUCGAACGGGUCGCAUUAUUUGCUUCGGCCGAGCAGAUAAUCAGGUGAAAAUUCAUGGACAGCGGGUCGAACUUGGUGAGAUUGACCAUCAGUUGUCGAACAACGGCGUAGAUGUCGUGACGCUCUUGUGUGAUAAUCCGUCGCCGCCGAAGCUGGUUGCCUUUGUCAGUACAGCUGGACACACUCAAGGUGCUGCUGUUUCUUCGGGGCGUCCAUGCGUACUCGACGGCCCCGAGUCCAGAAAGAUGGUCAGCGACCUUCAAAACCAGGCACGACAGAAACUUCCUCAGUACAUGGUGCCUUCCGUCUUUAUUCCAAUUUCGUGCCUGCCCCUGAGCAACAACGGAAAGGUCGUCCGGCCAACUCUGCAGAGUUUGUACCUCACAUUGAAUAGUUCACGCCAUCCAGAAAGCUCUACCUCAGAGACUAUUGGACAGCAUCAUCGAUCGAAAGCCGAGGCUCAUAUUUAUUCUAUUCUUCGCUCCCAUGGAUACGAUAGUCUGGCAAAGGAUGCCGGCCUCUUUCCGGGAUGCAUGGACUCCUUCACAGUCAUUCUCUUCCUCAUCCAGCUUCGACGAGACUUCGGGAUCACUUCUCUGAGUUUAGAAUUCAUCAUCCAGAAUAACACCUUCCGGCAGUUGGCAGAGGCUCUACAAAAGGCGUCACAACCUUCUCGAGAUGAUUAUGACAGACCGGCAUCGGACCCAGAGCCAAACAGUGGUCUCUUACGAUUCUCAACACCGAGUGGAGCAGACCGCCCCAAGCUCUUCGCCAUCUUUGGUGUUCAUGGUCUUUCCGUGAUUUUUAGCAAGCUAGCUGCCCAUCUGCCCUUGUUAGACAUUUGUGGAAUUGAAAAGAUCCAAUUUGGUCGACCAGAGAAGUACCAAAGUAUCCCAGACAUGGCACAGGACCACUUAUCCAUCCUUCGGCAUGCCCAGCCCCAUGGACCGUAUUACAUCUGCGGUUACUCAUUCGGCGGUUGCGUUGCCCUCGAAAUGGGGCAUCAGCUCCGUCUGGAGGAUGAGGAGGUUCGCCUUAUCAUCAUUGACUCACACGCCAACUACCGCCCAAAGUUCCCCGCCCAAAUUUCAGACGAGGACUGCGAGAAAGUGUUCAAUAUCCCGACACUAACAUCCUGCAGAACAGCCGAUGCCAUCAACAUCCGCGAAUGCAUGGUGAAAGAAUUGAACUACAACCUGGUCCUUCACACAAACUACCUCGUGACGAGGCGAUAUGAGGGUCGUGUCUUGUUCAUCAAGGCCUCUGGAGAAAUGGAGAAGACUGGAGGAGAUAUGUUUAAUGGGUUUAAGGAAUUGAUGCCGGAGAUUCGAGUCGUGAUGGCGGACGGGAUUCAUCGGGACUUGUUAAGCAAGCAGCAAUCUGUGAAGCAGAUUGCGCAUGCAGUUGAGACCUUUAUCCAAGAAUAGUUGUUCUGUGGCGCUAUCACUUUACUAGCAUAGUAGUGAAAUAUAUCUUGAUAUAGAAGUAAUACCAAUAUCUUGAUGCUAC